CUCUUUCCCAUUUUGGCAUUCCGUGCUUUGCGCCAAAACCUUUAGCCCGUCGUACCUUGUACUGAUUGCCCUAUAGAACUGCAGCGCCCCGACCGGAGAUGGAGGGUUACCAAUUACCUCCGGCAAUCGCCGGCCGAUUUCCGGCGACGUCUGAGAACUGAGUACUUUGGGGCUAAUGAGGUUCGGCUGUGAUUGCUUGUACCUUUGAAGCUUUUGCUUCAAGGAUCAGAAGAUGAGCCAGCCCUCUGUGAUUCUGGCUACAGCUGGAUACGAUCAUACCAUCAGGUUCUGGGAGGCCAAGAAUGGGAAAUGCCACCGUACCCUUCAAUAUCCAGAUUCUCAAGUCAAUCGGCUUGAGAUUACACCCGAUAAGCGAUUUUUGGCUGCUGCUGGAAAUCCCCACAUUCGCCUUUUUGAUGUCAACUCAAGCAGUCCUCAGCCUGUUCUGAGCUAUGAUUCACAUACUAAUAAUGUCAUGGCAGUUGGAUUUCAAUGUGACGGAAACUGGAUGUAUUCAGGCUCUGAAGAUGGCACAGUUAAAAUUUGGGAUUUAAGGGCAGCAACCUGUCAGCGUGAAUAUGAGAGCCGGGCAGCUGUUAACACAGUGGUUCUACAUCCAAAUCAGACUGAACUUAUAUCUGGGGAUCAAAAUGGAAAUAUACGCGUGUGGGAUUUGACUGCAAAUUCUUGCAGCUGUGAACUAGUACCAGAGGUGGAUACUGCUGUGAGGUCUCUUACAGUGAUGUGGGAUGGCAGCAUGGUUGUUGCUGCCAAUAAUCGUGGAACAUGCUAUGUCUGGCGGCUACUGAAGGGGACACAGACAAUGACAUACUUUGAGCCCCUACACAAGUUGCAAGCACAUGAUGGCUACAUUUUAAAGUGCCUGCUUUCACCCGAAUUCUGUGAUCCUAACCGGUAUCUUGCCACAGCAUCUUCUGAUCACACAGUCAAGAUAUGGAAUGUUGAUGGAUUUACCUUGGAAAGAGUAUUGAUGGGACAUCAGCGAUGGGUCUGGGAUUGUGUAUUUUCUGUUGAUGGUGCAUACUUAAUAACUGCAUCCUCUGAUAGCACUGCCAAACUAUGGUCAAUGUCAAUGGGAGAGGCCAUAAAAACCUAUCAAGGUCACCACAAGGCUGUUGUGUGCUGCGCUCUCCAUGAUGGUGCAGAGCCAUCUCCUUCCUGAAUUUGCUGAAGGCAUUAGGUAUUUAAUUUUCUUCUGUUAUUUAUAAGAAGAGCAGAUCUGGUCUUUCAAAAUUAUGACUUGUUUAUGUCAAUUUUUUGUCUUCAAAUUAGUUAAAUUGUCCAUGAAUGUGCAUAGAAACUUUGUGCUUAAGUUCCAGCCUAAUGUAAAUAAUUCCUGUGUAUUUUAGUAGUGGGUCUCAAAAAGCUUGUGUUGCUGAAACUGAUUUCAGGAUCAUAUAUUUGCUAGAACUGAUUAUUCCUCGUCUGAGGACCAAAUUUGUUACUGGGAAACUAAAUUCAUGACAGGUGUGCUUU